UGAGACCUGUUGAAGUAAAUGUGCUGUCUGGUCAGACUCAUUAGUCACAAUAAGAAUGAGAGGUCUGGCACUGCUGUUACUGCUGGGAGCCCUGAGAGGGUGUCUCUUGCAGAAUAUCCGGGUGUCCCAGAUCCCUGCAGUGAGCGCCACAGAGGGCAGCACAGUCACCUUACAGUGUCACUAUACACUCAGCAGCACUGAGAAAGGGACUGCCGGCUGGUACAGGUGGUACAGACAUGUGCUGGGGGGGCCGGAGGUCUCUAAUGAUAGUGGCAAUUUCAUGGGCAGAGUCUCCAGAGCAUUUCAGAAUGAAUUUAUCAAUAACAGAUCAGCCAGCAUCCAGCUGCACAGAGUGCAAAUCUCAGACACCGGAAUGUUCAUCUGUGAAGUUACACUGGAGCCCAAUCCACAAGGACAUGGGAAUGGGACUUUCCUUACUGUGACGGCUGAUGUGACAGAAUCUUGA